AUUGUAGUAUCCCAUAAAAAUUUGAGUAUCUUCGAGUGUAAAUGCUCCCCAUCCCCUCAAAAACCAAGAAAAAAGAAAGAACAAGCCCUAAACUUUGGUCUCAACAAUGGUGGAUGGGUCGAGAGACGUGGAUGUGGAGAAGCUAAUCUCCUUCAGCAAAGAUCUCGUUCAGUUCUUGAAGGACGACAAAGAUGUCGGCUUCUUGAAACAGUGUUUGGAGCAAUCUAAUGCCGUUCAAUUACAGUGCCUUUCUGAAUAUCAAACCCUUCAGACUUCCAUUCAAGAUUAUGAGGCAAAGAUAAAUAUGUGCAAGCAGAGAAUAGCAGAAGCACAAUCUGAAGCUGCUGGAGAUGCUGAAAUAGAUACAAUGCAGAAAGAGUUAGAACAGAAGCUUCAGAGAGAACAGCUGCUAAGGGAAGAACUUAGAGUUAUAACCGAUGAGAUCGAUGAUUUAGAUCAUCAAAGAGCCUCUAUUGAGGAGCAAAUGCAGUCGCUCGAGAAGCUUGAGCGAGAUCAACUUCGAGCAGAGAUGAAGUUAUCAUUGUAUGCCUCUGUUACAAGUAUCAUUCCAGACUUGUAUGAUGAAUCAAAAAUAUCAGGCCAUAUUGUGGAAAGAGAUAACAAGGUGCUUGAAUAUUUUGAACUGGAUCCAUCGGAGCUAACUGCCUUUGACAUUAGUAACAGCAUCUGGAAGAUGAUAUAGUUGUAAUUAAGUACCUUCACCGUUUGUCUUUAUUGGAAUUGCAUUAAGAGGUUUCUUUUCCAUGUCAAUGUAAGUUACCUUCUUUUUAACCAGUUAUUUUUAACGGAUAAUUUUAGAUACCCCUCCUUAGGUUUCAUUUCGUAAUACCCACUUCUCUUGUGGUUUACAAAUACCUCACUUAGUUUGAAUUUUCUUGCAACUAUCCUUGCUCUUAUCAAGUUCCAUAUGUAACAAACUGGCAGUGUUUGGAAA